AUGCAUCCGGAAUCAGAAGUUGCAAUGCGAGGACUACAAUCGUUCCUCUUGGCGAAUAAAGAGGCCAUAUUAUCACUGCUACAGGAUAUGGAUAGACCGGAAACAGAACGUGACAGAACGUCUCCAACAUCACCACAACAGGAACGUUCAUCAGGAUUUGCUUGCUCAAGUUCCCGCUCCUCACAAAGGUCCUAUACUACAGAAUCAGCUAAACAAAAAGAACGGAAAUCAUCUCGUGACAGUUUAUUUUCACGUGUCGAAGCGCGACGCGUACGAGAUCACACGGCUCCGAACUCUGCGAAUCGGUCGCGAUCACGCAGCGACUCGCGAACGCCACCGCAUAGUGCGCGAAAUCUUCAAGGGAGGCGACAUCGUGAAGACAGCCGUUCACGGUCACCUUCUCGUGAACAAUUCAACAGACUAGCGAGAUAUCGCGAUGGAAGAGAGGAUCCUCGUCCUUGCAGGUGCAUUGGAAUAUUUGGCAUGAACGUUGAUACCUCGGAGAGAGAUCUUGAAAAUAUAUUCCAGGAAUUUGGAGAGAUUGAUUAUAUAAAAAUUGUACGUGAUCAUGUAACAGGAAGAAGCCGCGGGUUCGGUUUCGUCUAUUAUCUCAGGACACGGGACGCUGCUGCUGCAAAAGCAGAGCUAAAGGAUGCACGAAUUGACGGGAUGCGCGUUCGGGUCGACUUCUCCGUUACUAAUGGCGCUCCCGGAUAUCGUGGAACAAUGGGGCGUCAGAAAAGAGUUAUUCAAUCCUCGAAGUACACAUAG